AUGGUAACCAAAGUUGGUCUCGGUGCCCUCGGCAGCGCCGCAGCUUAUCAUGCUUCCAUCAAAGGCGCCCGAGUUGUCGGCUUCGAGCAAUUCGAGCUGGGCCAAGUUCGCAGCGCUUCGUACGAUACUUCACGCAUUGUUAGAACCUCAUAUGGGGCUCAUGAGUUCGUCGCCUUCGCUCGUCUCGAUGCCAACGACGUCCCCUAUGAGCUUCUCACGCCCGAGGAGACCAACAAAAGAUGGCCUGUGUUCAAUGUUCCUCAGGGAGUUGAUACCGUCUUUACCCCUGAUUCGGGCAUUGUUCACGCCGCAAAGGCUGUCAUGACGCUCCAGUUCCAGGCUCGUGUCAACGGCGCGAUUCUCGGAGAGAACACCUGCGUCGAGGCUGUAACGCCCCAGCCCAGCGGAGGCAUAGCGAUUGAAACGUCUCAAGGCGUCUACCACGCUCGCAAGGUCAUCAUCGCUGCUGAUGCAUGGACGAACAAGGUCCUCAAGCCACUCGGCGUUGAGCUCCCCAUCACCGUCACGCAGGAGCAGGUAACCUACUUCAAACCCUCUCGCGAGCAUGAAGCACAGUUUUCAAACGACAAGUUCCCCGUUUGGAUCUAG